UGUUAUUCAUGCGUCAAUUACCCGGUAUGAAAUAAUAAUACGACUUGCGUGCGCGGAGAAGUGAAUACUCCAGACUUUGAGGAGCCGUCAACGGAUCAAGUAGGCCUGCGCGAUGCUCAGAUAGAGUUCGAAAUUAUACGCCUUGUAGUUAUGAGCGGAACAUUGACACCAGAAUUUGCCAUCCAGUACACUAAAUAUGCCACUGGAAUAUCCUUCGGAUGGCCGCCGAGUUUGAAGUCCUCACGAUUAUCAGAAAUAAUUUUUCGAAUCGGCUGGUGGAUUUCGUACAUCAUCUGCACGAUAGUCGUUCUCGCAUUGCUCAACGCGGGGUACAAACACCGGGACAAUUUUAUGCAUCUCACAGAAUUUCUGUCAGUGGCAGCCUGUCUGCUCCAGGUGAUGACGAAGAUGACAGUGGGCAAGUGCCACUAUCACCGAUUUCAGUACUUGAUUGCGGAGAUGGAGACCUUCGUGGAGAAUGCCAAUCCUCACGAGCGUGAGAUACUCACAAAUUACGUUAAUCGAAUAGUUCCAUUUCACUCGAUAUAUCACAUCAGCUGUUCUGUUUUCGUCGGUUUUUACAUAUUCGGUCCCUUCAUAACGGACCAGCCACUGCCCUUCGGAGCUGAGUAUCCCUUUCCCUUUGAUGAUCACCCUGGUUACGACAUUGUGUACCUGGUGGAGACGAUAGGGGCCAUCCAGUGCUCCUGCAUCGUUGCAUUUAUUUGUCAAGUGUCCCUGCUGCUUUGGUAUGCGACAAUUCAACUGGAAUUUCUCGCUGAAAACAUCAGAAAUGUCAACAAUACCCAGCAACUCAAAGACUGCAUCAUUAUACAUCAGCAUAUUUUAUGGUACAUAGACGAAAUGACGAAGAUUGUCCGGCCGAUGCUGAUGACAGCGAUCAUAGUCGCGAUGAUAUCAGUCCCCUGUGGAGGCAUUCACAUCGUCGGAAAAGAAGAUACCAUUACAAGACUCCAGUUUAUGUUGGUUGUCAUUGGUGACGGUUUGGAGCUUCUGUGCUUGUCAUGGGCUGCUGAGAAUUUAACUAUAGCGUGCCAAGACGUUACGUGGGCGCUGUACAGCUCUGCCUGGAUUAAAAAUUCCAAGGAAUUGAAUAGGUCUGUAAUUUUCGUAAUGCAGAGGUGUCAAAUACCCCCGAGACUGGCAGUUGGUGGACUUGUGCCGCAACUGUCAAUGAGUUUUUACGCAUCGAGAGACCGUGAGCCUUCGUAGGGAGGGUAAAGGGAUAUUACACCGUUCCAUUGUACUUCUGAACUGGACACCAGACCACUGCAGAGGCUUUCAUCAGGUACAGGAAGACAAUGAAAAAUAUAUUAAUGUAUUUGAGGAGUUUUUUGGGAAUCACGAGGGUCAUUCGAGUGACAGGGGUGUUCGGGGGGUAAAUAUCCUUAUCAGGGGUUCCAGAGAACAAUUUUUAAAUUGUUGAUGGAGGUAUUUUGGAAAUGAGAAUUUUUCGCAAUAUUUUGCUGGGAAAUUUUGACAAUAAUUAUCAUACUUUGGUGUCUGGAAUGGGGUUUUUAAAUUUUUAUGGACUAAAAUUGUUUGUAAAAUGCACAAACAUUUUUGGGAAUUCCCCAGAUAUUUUUCAUUUAUUUUUAAUCACCAAGUGCGACGCGAAAAAUGGGAAAGAAGUGGAACGAUAAAAUACAAGAGCCCUUUACGAUACAUUUUUUAAUAUUUCUCAAUUUAUAAAAAAUAUUUUUCCAGUGUUUUACAACAUAACCGGUGAAUAUUGCUCCAAUGUUUUUACAUGUUAUUAAUAUAACGAGUACAUUCACUUAAUUUUUCAGUAUUAUAAACCUUAAAUUCAAUAGAAAAUUUACAAUAUUUGUCAUGACUUUGUUACAUUACGUUAUAAUUCGAUAUCUUGUUCUCUGGCAUAAAGGAGAGAUUAAUCGCAGACUGGCGGGCACCAGUGAUAAUGAUAUGUAGCCUUGAUAGUGUACCCAAACGUGCACAUUAUUCUGGUAAUGUAGCUCAGUUUUCUGCGUACAU